AAGGAAUUCAAAUGAGUCCUACCACGCCAGUGAGUCUUGAGAAAAUGCCGAAUGCAAGCUUCUCAUACGCACACUUCCGGGGAUGUAUAUCGCUUUACACCUCUGACCAGGGCAACAUUCGUCCUCUAUGCAAAGAGUUGGGCAUGCACUAACAGAUACAGACGCUAUCAAAACAGCCACGACGGCGACGACGAAGGAGAGAUGCAUAAUGCAAUGCGACACAGGAUCAAUAUCUGUGGGUGGGCGCAGUGGGAAGACUGCUGUCUUUAUAAGUGUCGUGUUCAGGACUGGUGCUUUGGCAGAACCGAAAUGGAUGGGCGUUUGCAUGCCAACAGGCCUCAAAUUUGAAUUGCUCUGUCACUAAUGUUAUGAACGUAGGAAUUUGAACGCUGCCAUGCUCUGGAGCAGGACCCCGGCUGCUCCCUAUAUUGCAUGUCCACCGGUAGCGCCUCGCAAGUCCUCGAAAUUACCCAUCCUAUACUCCUAAAAACGCUGGGAUUCACCAUAGCAUUAGUUGUCGUAGUCAAUGCAGAAUCAAAGCAUUCUUUGUAUCAUCCAACUCUGCACCCUUCUGAAGUCUGUGUUAUGAUCUGGCAAAAUAUCUUAGACAAGCUGAAAAAAGCUGCUCUGACAGUCAGCAAUCAAGGACCAGCAUCUGAGAGUAUCCUUGGAGUUAAGCACCUGACGCUCCAGCAUUCUGCGGACCACUGGGAGGAGCUUCAUGCUCCCGUUCAUGCCAUCUUUGGUUGGGGACAAGAAGGAGGGCUACUAUCUUCGAAAUCAAGUCAGGCAGAUUUUCUCCUUAUACACAACUUUCUGCAUACCUUUUCCCAUGUCGAGCAAGAUGUCGGAGAAGGAUCCUGUCUGUCUGCAAUGGUUCCUCGAAUGGAAACAGCACUUGAGCUCUGUCAAAAGGCUCCUCGGUCACCUGCACAUGAGUCGUUGACAUAUGCUACAAGCCAUGGAAACCAGUUGGUAUUUCACCCCUCUCAUACCACCAGCACGGCAUCAUCCACAAAUAACUCGAAAAAUCAAAGACUAAAGUCCAAAAGAACGCACUGGAAUCGAGUUCAGGCAGCUGCAGGCUUGAGAGUACAGCAGACGACCCCUGAACAACGAGUCCAGAGGUUAAACGAGGCAAAGACACAAGGACUUAUCAUUGAUUUUGGGCCAAGUUUCAUCAAGUGCCAGUGCAGAGUCGACAUCAAGCUAGAUUCUGGAGACCGUCAGACUCGAUGUCCUUGGGUGACUGGAUCAAAAUCAAAGUCGAGAACUAAACAAGAGUACAUUCCCAUGAAAUCAAUCACAUCAUUCUUUACAUCAGCAGGCAAAAAAUCGUCAGAUGCAAUUCAUGAAAAGUCUCCAGAAAACACCGCUCCACCCUCUGUCUCUCUGGUACAAGUUGAUCAGGUCAGCACAGACACCAGUGUUGCAUGUAUGGGACGGGCUGAUGGUGCAUAUGCACUCCUUGCAAAGAAUGCUGUUGCCGGAGAUGUGGGGGGAGUUGGUAGCAUUGCCAGUCGCAGUGAGAUAGUAAAAGUUCUGUUUCCAUAUAAGUAUGGAGGGUCAGCGCUAGGACAAGAACACAUCAUACCUUCUCAAAGAAACACACAUACCAGCAUCACAAAGUUUAGUGAGGAGGAGCUUGCAAUUCUUGGGCAGGAAUUGUUGAGCCAUCGUCGUUGGUUUGUAGAGAAUGGCAGUGAUGGUGGUAUGCGUAUCAUAUGUUCUGCGACUUGCACACACCGCUUCGUCCCUGAUGGAAAAUAUUCUUGUGAGCAAUGCUGUGCACUGGACAAAGAUAAGAGCCUACAGCGGCAGCUUCGACGAGUUUCGAGACGAGACAAAGCAGAUGCACAGCUUUUGGAGAAAGAUCUGAAUGAAAUUGAAAAGCUGAUUAUGGUUUGGGUGAUGGCCAGUCGAUACAGAAGCCCUAUCAUCUUGCAUUUGCAGUGCAUUUCGUGUGCAAUAGGUGAACUGUUUGAUGCAUACUUCAAGCGCGAUCUUUCACAUGCCGAACGAUCCGGAGUCCACGAACGCAAGGAGAAAUCAUCUGGUUAUGUCUAUGACACUACACUGGAGAAGCUAAGCGCUGAAGACCUCAAGAAGUUAACUGAUACCCCAUCUCGCUUGCAAAUUGAAGCCAUCACGAAUGUUGCGUGGGAGGAUGUAGUAGCUGUGUUCAACAAUGUACUUGGUGUCUCAAGCAUACCUCCACUACCAUUGGUUUUCAUGGCCAGCAGAACUGAGGCUGCACGACUCACCCAAGCUGGGAAACGGAAAGUCAGGUGUGAGGAUCAGAGUGACAGCAAGGAUGGCGAGAAUGACAAUGAUGAUUUGAAGAAUACAACAUCACUCCGCCUAGCUGCUGCUCAGGCCGAGAGUGACGCCCAUGACUUAUGUGAUCCGUCAGUUCCUGAUAGUGUCCAACACGUGAAAGCCCUGCACCACAUAUCUCACAUGUCUACACUUAUGACUGACAUCGAAGAUGCUGAAGAGGUUGAAGAGCGCAUAUCAAAACCAGUCCACGGCCCGUACCCUGCUGUUGUUCCAAACAUCAUCAACCUUCUUAACCCAGCGCCUCCUUUGAACCGGCCAAGUGAGCAUGCCAAUGUCACUCCAAUUACAACUCCCAAUCGUGUACUGGAUGUCGCUGCUGUUGUCCGCUUGCAAAAGGCUCAUAACCGAAACUCAGGUAUCCUUUCUGAAAAAUCUUUCGAUAUGAAGGCUAGGUACUCACACUACAAGCCGAAAAACCUGGCCAAAGUUACAAUGCAGCUUGACGCUGCUGCUGGCCUUGACAUGUCAGAUCAUAGUGUUCACACAAAUGACAAUCUGCAGCUCCUCAUGCACAAGCGACAUGGUGGCUACUCACGUGCUGAACGUUGGACAGCUACCAAGACAUCAGCUCCUGCUGCAAGUUCUUCUGGUAUUGGCAAUUGGACCAUUGCAAAGCAGCUCAUCUCAGCUGUGCUGCGCCUCGAAAAUCUUUUUCCUGGAAUUGCGAUGCGGAAUGUCAAUGACAUAUCACCACUAGCAAUUGGGUCAUAUGUCAUCAUGCAACACUCACAGGUCCGCUAUCUCGGCCAAGUGGUCUGUAUGUACAAAAAGAAUGGUGGCAGUAAGUCUACAGGACACCUAUGGACACUUGCCAGUAUCAAGGAGCUUGUCUACAAUCUCAGAACAUCCGCACUCAGCAUCUCAGAGGGCCGGUAUCACACUAUGAAACCAUGGGCCUUUGAACGGUGGGAAGCAGCUGGGAUGAUGGCACUGCGCGAGGUUAUUGUGUCGCAGUUCACGGGAGCAGCCAGGGUCCUUCUGGAGCUAAAUUCCCUCGCCAUACACACUCUUAUAGUCCCGUGGAUCGUGAUGUGGUUAUCACUUAUUAUAGUGAAUCUGCUCCUGCGCCAGCAGUAUCAGUUUACCCAUACUCAGUUCGAUAGGCUACACUGA